AUGUAACACACAGAAAGUUCCGGACUAGUAAUAAAGGUCGACACAUUACGCUAGCUGCGGAGUAUCGCGUCUAUAUUAUCAGCCAGAAAACUCACGAAUAUAUACUUAAUUUAAAAAUGCCAAGGGGAAGCAGAAGCAGGACAUCCAGGAUGGCUCCUCCAGCCAGCCGGGCUCCCCCAUCACCACCACCUAUGGCCAGGGCUGCACCUCCUCCCUCCUAUGCCCCGGCUCCAACACAUGCUCCUCCAUCUGCUGUGGGAGCUCCGGCUGCAGCACCCAGGCAGCCUGGCAUGUUCGCCCAGAUGGCGGCUACAGCCGGUGGAGUGGCUGUGGGCUCUGCAGUGGGACACACCAUUGGCCACGCCAUGACCGGAGGCUUCGGCGGCGGACACUCAGAAGCUGCCAGGCCUGAUGUCACAUACCAGGAGCCGUACCAGCAGCAGCCGUACCAGCAGCAGCCGUAUCAGCAGCAGCCGUACCAGCAGCAGCCCAUGUACCAGGAGGCUCCUCAGCAGCAGCAGGCCUGCUCCUAUGAGCUCAAACAGUUCAUCGAGUGUGCCCAAAACCAGAGUGACCUCAAGCUCUGCGAGGGCUUCAGUGAGGUGUUGAAACAGUGCAAGUUUGCUAACGGUCUGUCAUGAGGCUGAGAUAAAAAACCUGCAAAAUGAAGAACGCAAAAAAAUGAUAAUAAGUAACCAGACUGGAUGGAUACUGAGGCUGUUAAUUCACAAGAGAUCAAUAAACAUACUUUAUUUUGACAGUUGAUCAUCACCAGCCAGUGUCAUUGAGCUUAUUCUCAGGAUAUUGCUGCUGAGUUUGUAAUAAUAGUCGUAUAAAUAAUGUUUAUAUAUUUUGCUGCGUGUUGAUUCCAGUUGUUUUUCAUGAGUGUAGGCCUUAGUGCUUUUAAUUUAAAUAGAACUGCAAUUGUAGAUCAUUAUAACAUGUAAAACCAUCAGUUUCCACCUGUGUGUUUCAAAAAUAAUAAAGCACUUAAAAAAAA